UCCUCUUGUCCUCUUCCAUCUCUCUUUCCCAUCGACUUCACUGAGAACACAAGUCACUAGAACAGUCAAAUACACCUCGUUUAACAAUUGAAUCUACCACCGGGGGAGAUGUAUCUGAACCUCUCCAAGCUCGCCCUCGUGGCGCUAGCUGGGACCUCCGUCACUGCUGCACCGAGUUCAAUCUCUGCUCGUGCUCCACCCCAAGGAGCGGAUGUCGUCGCAAAGGCGAUUAUCCACGCUACUCAGCAGAGUCAAUGUAACGUGAUCAACUGCGCAUCUGUCAUUGCUGGGGCCGCUUGCAUUGGACUCGAUAUAGCAAAUGAGGACGCAGCAGGUGCUGUGGGAUGUGUGGUUGGAGGAGCCCAGGCAAUGUGUUCGUGCAUGGACUGUAUCGACUUUCUGGCGAAUUUCCUCACUAGCCACAACAUGUGCCCUGGAUAAGCCGAGUUAAGGACUGCGUAUACCUUCUCUUCGAACGGAGAUAGUACGCGCCGGUAGAAGGGAUGGAGGAAACCAAGGUCUCAAGUAUGGCAGGAAGUUUUAUUAUAGUACUUGCAGUCAUUUAUUCAUGAGCCCGUCAGC